GACGGCGGCGGCUGGCGGCGGAGACGGCGGGGGCGGGGACUAAGGAUUGUGAGGUGGGGAAUCGGGAGUUACUGGAUUCUUUAUCCGGUAUCUUAAGUGCCGUUGGGGAGCUGUCGUUUCUGCAGUAUUUAGAGGUGGCUGGGACAGCAGGAUCUGCGGCCGCUGUGGCGCAGAGAGUAAGAAAACCUGAGUUCUGUGAAAAACCAGAGAAGAGAAACUAAAAGAAUAGUAGACAAGGUUUUUCCAAUUUGCAUAAUACUGAACACUCCAAGGGAAUCGACCAAAAUGGGAUUUUAAGUGAAUUAAUACCAGGUCGCAGAAGUUGUGCCGGGAGUCAAAGGCCAGAUCCAGAGAGAUAAGCAUGGGAACUCUUACCCAGGUCACCUGGCCCAGUCCGCCCCCCAUGAUCUGGCGUAGUGAAUGUGGACAUAGUCUUACGGUUUUUAAGAUUUCCUUCAUGGAUACAUUUUCAUAGCAUUAUUAUGUGAUGGGAGAAGUUUUUGGUUUUUUGUUUUUGUUUUUUUUUUGAAGUAACAUGGAUUUUAUACUACAGAAUCAAGAGAUUGGCUUUAUAGGAAAAAUUGAUAUAUAAAAGUGGUACAGGUUUUUAUAGCUAACCAUGACAACAUCCCAUAUGAAUGGGCAUGUUACUGAGGAAUCAGACAGCGAAGUAAAAAGUGUCGAUCUUGCAUCACCAGAGGAACAUCAGAAGCACCGAGAGAUGGCUGUUGACUGCCCUGGAGAUUUGGGCUCCAGGAUGAUGCCCGUACGUCGAAGUGCACAGCUGGAGCGUAUUCGGCAACAACAGGAGGACAUGAGGCGUAGGCGAGAGGAAGAAGGGAAAAAACAAGAACUUGACCUUAAUUCUUCCAUGAGACUUAAGAAACUAGCUCAAAUUCCUCCAAAGACUGGAAUAGAUAACCCUAUAUUUGAUACAGAGGAAGGAAUUGUCUUAGAAAGUCCUCAUUAUGCUGUGAAAAUACUAGAAGUGGAAGACUUGUUUUCUUCACUUAAACAUAUCCAACAUACGUUGGUAGAUUCUCAGAGCCAGGAGGACAUUUCACUGCUCUUACAACUUGUCCAAAAUAAAGAUUUCCAGAAUGCAUUUAAGAUACACAACGCUGUCACAGUACACAUGAACAAGGCCAGCCCUCCGUUUCCUCUUACCUCCAGUGCUCAAGAUCUUGCACAAGAGGUACAAACUGUUUUGAAGCCAGUCCACCAGAAGGAAGGACAAGAAUUAACUGCUUUGCUGAAUGCUCCACAUAUUCAGGCACUUCUCCUGGCCCAUGACAGGGUGGCUGAGCAGGAGAUGCAACUGGAGCCCAUUACAAACGAGAGAGUUUACGAGAGCAUUGGCCACUAUGGAGGAGAAACUGUAAAAAUAGUUCGUAUAGAAAAAGCUCGAGAUAUUCCACUGGGUGCUACAGUCCGUAAUGAAAUGGAUUCUGUCAUCAUCAGUCGGAUAGUGAAAGGAGGCGCUGCAGAGAAAAGUGGCCUCUUACACGAGGGGGAUGAAGUUCUGGAGAUCAAUGGCAUUGAAAUUCGGGGGAAGGAUGUCAAUGAGGUUUUCGACUUAUUGUCUGAUAUGCAUGGUACUUUGACAUUCGUUCUGAUUCCCAGUCAACAGAUCAAGCCUCCUCCUGCCAAGGAAACUGUAAUCCAUGUAAAAGCUCAUUUUGACUAUGACCCUUCAGAUGACCCUUAUGUUCCAUGUCGAGAAUUAGGUCUGUCGUUUCAAAAAGGUGAUAUACUUCAUGUGAUCAGUCAGGAAGAUCCAAAUUGGUGGCAAGCCUACAGGGAAGGGGAUGAAGAUAAUCAGCCCCUAGCUGGGCUUGUUCCAGGGAAAAGCUUUCAGCAGCAAAGGGAGGCCAUGAAGCAAACCAUAGAAGAAGAUAAGGAGCCCGAAAAAUCAGGAAAGCUAUGGUGUGCAAAGAAGAAUAAGAAGAAGAGGAAAAAGGUUUUAUAUAAUGCCAAUAAAAAUGAUGACUAUGACAAUGAAGAAAUCUUAACUUACGAGGAAAUGUCACUGUACCAUCAGCCAGCAAAUAGGAAAAGACCUAUCAUUUUGAUUGGCCCACAGAACUGUGGCCAGAAUGAAUUGCGUCAGAGGCUCAUGAACAAAGAGAAAGACCGCUUUGCAUCUGCAGUUCCUCAUACAACUCGAAGUAGGCGAGACCAUGAAGUAGCUGGUAGAGAUUACCACUUUGUCUCUCGGCAAGCAUUCGAGGCAGACAUAGCAGCCGGAAAGUUCAUUGAGCAUGGUGAAUUUGAGAAAAACUUGUAUGGAACCAGCAUAGAUUCUGUACGUCAAGUGAUCAACUCUGGGAAAAUAUGUCUUUUAAGUCUGCGUACACAGUCAUUGAAGACUCUCCGGAAUUCAGACUUGAAACCGUAUAUUAUUUUUAUUGCACCCCCUUCACAAGAAAGGCUUCGGGCAUUAUUGGCGAAAGAGGGCAAAAAUCCAAAGCCAGAAGAACUGAGAGAAAUCAUUGAGAAAACUAGAGAGAUGGAGCAGAACAAUGGUCACUACUUCGACACAGCAAUUGUGAAUUCAGACCUUGAUAAAGCCUAUCAGGAAUUGCUUAGGUUAAUUAACAAACUUGAUACUGAACCCCAGUGGGUGCCAUCCACUUGGCUGAGGUGAAGGAAGCCCUUCCUGUGGCACGAUCGGACUUGAUCUGGCAAAUUGCCAGUACGAAGGUAAACCCGAUACUUCAGCAGGACUUGGAGGGUAAGGUAGCAGGCAGUGUAGACCUGUUCUUCGAUCUCAGACUAGUGAGAAGAAAAUCCCCGUAAGUAAUUUGUGCACAGCAGUCUUUAUUCUGUGGCUUUGUGUUCUUGCCUCAUUUGGGGAUUCCAAAUGGAUACUUUCAACAGAGCAGUUCCAUUUUAUCCACGUAAAAACCUGUUUUCACCUAACUGAAUCUUUCUGCCUAGUCAUGUUUUCAUGAACUAUGUGUAUAUACACAGCAGUCCAUGUCUCACAUAGUUAUAAAUAUUGACAUUAUUUAACGCUUAACUUAAAUGAUUUCAUGGGAAUGGGGGGUGGGAGGUUAGGGACCAUGCUUCCAUGUAUUGGGCAAGACAAUUGUAAGAAAACUGGUUUGGUCAUCAGAAAUACUUUGCUUAGAUUUCUUUUAUGUGCUGCAAGUAUAACAUACACAUCAGAUUUUAAUAACUUACUACAGAAAUUAAGUGUUGUUUAUAGUGAUUUAAAAAAAAACUUUUAAGGUGCCACUUUGGUCUGGAGCCACUCUGUUAGCCUUGAAUUCAUUUGUAUGUCUUUUAACUGUUAAAAAACAUUCCAUUACAAGCACCAAUUUUUAGCUCAAACUUUGUGGAUCAGACUGUUCUGCACACUCAACAGACUCUGAUCUAGUUAAGCAUGUACAACAUGCUGCUUUUUAAUGAU